AUGUCUACAGGAAACAAGAAUUACGGCGUGGGCGGGACUGCCCAAGACGGUGGACUUUCGACAGCUGAUACAGUUCGAGACGGUGGCCCUGACGCGGGGGAUGCUGAUGGCACCUACCAGCCUCCAGGCGGUGCAUCGUCCGGCGGAGCUUCGUCCGGAGGCUCGUCUUCGGGCGGCGGCGGCAGCAGUGGCGGCAGCAGUGGUGGCAGCAGCGGUAGCUCGGGCUCCAAAGCAGGACCAGGCAAUCCUAACUAUGGUGUAGGAGGGACUGCGAAGGACGGCGGUUUAUCUACAGAAGCCACGGUCGCGGAUGGCGGACCAGACGAUCAGGAAGCUGAUGGGGAGUAUAAGCCUUCUUGA